AUGAAAAUUGUUUCCGAAAGUGUAAACUCGUUAGAGUUUUAUUCAAUUGAAACUCUGAAUAAUGAUAACAACAUGGAUAAUAAUUAUAACGAUUUUAGAAAAAUUGAAGAUGACGAAAAAGGUGAAGAAACUGAGUUUGACGCAAAUUUAUUUUUUGAUUUGAAUCACGACGAGGAAAAACUUGAAAAAAACAGACAACAAAAUGUUGAAAUGGUUACAUCUGAAGAGGAGUUGUUCAAUUAUAACGAAGAAGAAAAUUUGUUUAAUAGAGUUCAAAAAGAAAAGGUCGAAGAAAUAAAAAAUGAAUUUAUUGAGUUCGAAAAUCACACGUUUAAAAUAUUCAAAACAAUUGGAAUGAAAGAAGUGGACAUUGAUGAACUUUCCGAGACUAUUAGACGCUUUUCUUAUAUAGAAAACAAUAAAAAGAAAAGACAGUUUUCUCUCAAUCAUUAUAUAGUAGCAUUUGAUUCUAUGUUUUCUGGAGAGUUUAAAAGCUUGAACAAAAGAGAAUUGGGAUUACUAGUUGUUAAACAAAGAAAAAUGGUCGAUUACAUCAUUAAUGAAAUUACAAACAGAGUGGCAAUGAGCGCAUCAGAUAAAAAAGCCAUUAAACUUUGCAUUGAAAUAAGUUUUGCUGGGCUCAGUAGAAAUUCAUUGAACCGUGCGAAGACACUUGCUAUAAGUCAAAAAACAGGAAAUCAGAUAAUUGGUGCAAACGAAAAAGAAAGAAAAAACAGAGAAGCUCAAAAGCUUGAACAUGAAUGUGUUGCGAUAUCUGUUGACUCAACUACUAAAGAUGACAUUGAAAUAAUUUGUGAUGAUGCGAGUAGUUCGUGGAAGGAAAAGUAUCGGAUUACCUCUUUUACUUCGUCAAUACAAAGGAGAAACAACAGCAGAUGCUCUUGCUGUGUGGUUAGUACAAAAACUAAAUAA